AUGAGCUUGAAGCCUCACGCCACACCCUAUUUCACCUUGACUUUUCUUAGCGAAGCCACACCACCACUCCAUCCACAACCCGCCCUUGUCCGCCGCCGCAUUAGUCGGCUCAUCGAACCUUCCAAAACUAUGGCGUCUCUUCGCCAGGUCACCACGAAGCUCGGCUCCUCGUCUCUCGAGGAGGCUCGGCACCGAGGCUUAGAUCUGUUUCGCGAGACCUGCCGUGCGUUACCGAGCAUCAUGUUUCGCUACAACCUUGACGAAGUGAUCACGCGACAGGAGCUGCGUUCGCGAAUCGCCAACGAGUUUCGGCGACACAGCGACGUCGAAAAUCCCAAGGUGAUCGAUCUGCUGGUGGUUAAGGGCAAGGAGGAGCUGGUGAAUUUUCUGAACCACUCGAAGCAGCGGCACCAUGUGAUUUCGCAGUGGGUGGUGGGGCCGCAGGGGCAAGUGCCCACCAUCCCUGGAGGGCCGCACCACAAGCCAGGCAUCGUGCCAAAGGGCAGUGAAUCUUUGUUCCUUAGAAAUUUCUACGAGAGCAACUGA